AUGCCACGCCCGACACCCCUCCCCCUCUUCUACCGCCUCACUCUCUCCUUCAUCGAGCCCCUCCUCGCAAUCGGCGGCGCCCUCCAGGCUCUGCUCUACCCACAAUCUUACCUCGACUAUGUGACACCACGCACCCGCUACACGAAAUCGCUCGAUCCCCUCUUCAGCCAGAUCGUGGGCGGAUGGGCCAUCAUCGUGUAUCUCGAAUUUUAUGCUCUUCCACAUGUCUUCCACCACGACCUCAAGGUGUGGAAGCAAUGCGCUACGGCUUUUUUACUCAGCGAUGCGAUGUACGUGUAUGCUAUCGUGCAAGACUGGGGAUUGAUCAAGGUUGUGAGCCCCUGGAAAUGGACAAAGACGACAGAAUGGCUCACGAUGCUCCUCACUAUCCUGCCCAUAUCCGCACGACUUGGGUUGCUGCUGGGCGUGGGCAUGGGGAUUGGUGCGGCUUCCAAGAGUGGCAGCGCUAUGCUCACCCGCAAGAAGGCAAAGUGA